AUGGUCAGGAAGCAGGCCUACCAACUAACACGGGAGCCCUGUCGAUACCGCCGGCCUCCCCACACCUCACCCCGCUCGGGCACAGAAGCCAGCGGCCACCAGGCCGGGUGCUUGUCCUUGUCAUCGCCAACAAGCCCGCAGAGGCGGACUAACGUCCCUUCCUCCGAGCCGGUCACCGGCCCCCGGGGCAGCCCGGCCGGAUCCUCUCCUCCCUCGGGCCUCUCCGCCCCAGGGGCGGUUGGCUGGCGCGGGAAGAGCCGCGGAAGGUGGGUGGUAACUGCGCGGAAGGUGCGCGGGGUGCGGAAGGACGGCGGCGCUGGGCAGGAGGAGCGGGGUCGGGGGGGGCUGCGGGCACGGAGCGCGGUGACCUGCGCGUCACCUCUAAGGAAAGAGGAUUUAGCGAAAUGCAGGCUAUCAUCAGGCAAGUGGUGGAGAUAUAAACUGUGUGAGGCAGGGGCAGAACUUGUGCAACCUGGAAGAAGCUGCUGGGUUUGUUUUGCUACAGAUGAGGACGACCGGACAGCAGAGUGGGUGAGACCCUGCAGGUGCAGGGGCUCCACCAAGUGGGUUCAUCAGACCUGUCUGCAGCGCUGGGUGGAUGAAAAGCAGAGAGGAAACAGCACUGCCCGAGUGGCCUGUCCUCAGUGCAAUGCGGAAUAUUUAAUAGUAUUUCCAAAGCUAGGUCCAGUUGUUUACGUUUUGGAUCUUGCAGAUCGCCUGAUUUCAAAGGCAUGUCCCUUUGCUGCAGCUGGAAUAAUGGUGGGCUCUAUCUACUGGACAGCUGUCACGUAUGGAGCUGUGACUGUGAUGCAGGUUGUGGGUCACAAAGAAGGUCUUGACGUCAUGGAGAGAGCUGACCCUUUAUUUCUUUUGAUUGGACUUCCCACUAUCCCGGUCAUGCUAAUACUGGGCAAGAUGAUUCGUUGGGAGGACUAUGUGCUCAGGCUGUGGCGCAAAUACUCUAAUAAGCUACAAAUUUUGAACAGCAUAUUUCCAGGCAUUGGAUGUCCUGUUCCUCGUAUUCCAGCAGAGGCCAACCCUCUGGCAGAUCAUGUCUCUGCCACACGUAUUCUCUGUGGAGCUCUAGUUUUCCCUACUAUUGCCACCAUAGUGGGCAAGCUGAUGUUCAGCAGUGUUAACUCAAAUUUACAAAGGACAAUCUUGGGUGGAAUUGCUUUUGUCGCUAUAAAAGGAGCUUUUAAGGUUUACUUCAAACAGCAGCAAUAUUUGCGCCAAGCUCACCGCAAAAUUUUAAAUUAUCCUGAGCAAGAAGGAGCAUAAGGCUGUGAUCUCCAGAUGCCAUACAAUCUCACCAAACAGGUUUCCAUGUUGUAUUGGUUCCAUCAUUAUUGAACACUAGUGGAGAAUUGUUGAUAAGUUGCUGCUCCUGGUUUUUUUUCCUUAAAUACAAUAAAGCACUGUCUUGUGGCAGGGUAAAUCCUUUCAGCGACCACUGAACCUAAGAAUGUGACUUGACUUUCAUUAUUUUGGGGUAUUUCUGUUGGGCAACAGGCUUCUGAAUUAUUUCCUUUGAGCCAAUAUGCUGAAUGGAAAAAAAAAAAAGGCAUCGACUACAGAACAAGAACAUUUUAAAUUGAUGUAGGCUAUAUCCAAAUGCCUUUUCUAUAUGUGUUUUCAUACCCCUGCUAUCAUCCAGUUCAGCAUUUCAUACAAUGAAGGGAUUUUUUUUUUAGAAAUGUGAGUCAUUACCAAGAAGAAGUAGUCGUGGGACAUCAGUCAAUAAGGAUUUCCUUAGUUUUCAUUGGUAUCAAACAGGGAGUGUAAACAGAUGACUGGUCAGAGAAAGCAGAAAGUAGAUCACUACAGGACUUCUGUGUCAGCUUUAGCUGCCUUUGUACUAGAUCUUGGAAUUAGCAUGGCUUCCAGGCAACUAUUGUAUUACUGGUAAUUUUUACUGUCCUGGUGUAUCUCCUGCAGUGCCUGGUGUUAUUUUCUCAUGGCUCUCUUACUGUUUUGUGGCUGGUGCUGGAUAGCAUUUUUUCCCUUCAUGUAAAAUACUUACAUGGGGGGGAAGUAAAUUUCAGUUGCUUAUGGUUAAGUAUUAGAGCACUUGUUUAGUUUUCAUGUUCCUUUUGAUUAUGUAAAUAUCCAUACAAGUAGAAAAAGCAGUAGCAGUGUGAGAAAACAGCACUGGACACUAAAGCCACCUUUGAACUGACCAAUUGGGGCACCCUUCUCGAGGCCCAGGCAGGUAGCUCUGUGCCAGGUCCGGGCUCCCCGCUGCCCACACGGCUGCGGUGAGGAGCUGGCUGGAGGGGGGACACCAAGCUUGGGGGACCCCACUGGAGCCAGACACUCCCACCGCAACUCGGCUCAGUCCUGUAACGAAUCUUAAAUGUGUGAUAGUUUAUUUAUACAGUAAGCUUUACUGUUACAGUAUGUGCAAAGUAGCCAGCUGAGGGAGACAUUAGCACUUCAGAUAUCUGAUGCAUUUGUAAACUUAAUUUCAACCGAAAUUAACUGUUUUAUGAAGUUGAAUUUUGACAAACAUAAUAUGGCCAUUUAAUAUUCAUACCAGACCUAAUCUAGAUUUAGUACUUGAAGGGUUUUUUUUUUUAAAACAAAAAUUUAUUUGUUUUUUCUCAAAGUUGGGGUUUUUUCUUUAUUCAUAUGAGUAUGUCAAAUGCAUGGAAAAAGGUUUAAAAAAAAAAAAAAAUCUUUUAGUGAAAGUGUUCCUAAGUGAAUAUUUCUUUUUACCAGAAAUUAAGUAAAUGCAGAAGGGACUUCAUAUUUGACUGCAAUAGUAUGUUAGAGAAAUUCAAAAUAUGGUACCUUUUCUAUAGUAUGUUUAUCUUAAUUACUGAGAUGUAAUAUUUUAGAACUGUACAAAAGUGUAUAUAAUGGCCAACUAGUAUUCAAAAACUAUACAGGUAUUGAAAAUUAUACAUUCAAUCAAUAUCAAAUACUUCUGAGGUUCUUGCUGUAACUGAAGAAUUAUUAUAAUCUUGUAAGUCUGCUGAUUAUAUUUGUGUUAGUUGGCUCACUUUUAUAUAAAACUCUAAAUACAGCAGCAACCUCUGACAGUUGCUUUCUGUAAGAUAGUCUGGAAAUGAUAUAAUAUGUAUUUCUUACAGAAUUCCUCAUUUCGAGAAAACAGCUUUUCAGUGGUCUUCUCUGUAUAUAUUUCCAACUGAUUUAUUACUGUUUUUUAAAGUUUCAUGAAGAAUUGAAUGAUGAAAAUUAGUGGGUUUGAAACUUGUUCUAUGGGAAAGCUCAUUGUCUCUUCUGGAAGUUAAAGCUAUUGUAAAAAUACAAUUAUAAAAACACUGUAUGGAUUAUAAAAUUAUUUCACCUGAGUGGCAGAAGGUCAUGACUGUGUUGUAAAUCUUGUUUUUAAGUAUUGAAAAUUAUAGUUACAUUGAAUUAGGUUGAAUAAAUAUUUUUUACACUCCCUAGUCUACUUUGUCAGUUGAACAAAAGCCUGUAGCAAAACUUCUGAAUUAAAAAUGUUUUGUUUCAA